GUCAUCACAUCACAAUGGCGUCGCACGGGAAUGAUUCGUCUUCGUCUUUUUUCUUGCCUUCGGAGGACCAAAGCGAGAAAAAAACAUCAGUUUCGUUCGGUUUCGCUAAAACCUUUAGCAAAUUCAAACCUCCGAGCAGUGACGUUGUAACAAGGAACGAUGACAUCGAUUAUUUGACCGGAAUCACAAGGAAUCAAUUGCAGAGUACGAAGCCAUCAGAAAGUCCAACGGAACGUAUCAUCCCUCUGAUCCUGAAGAACCGCUGGCGAGCCCCCGACGAAGAGGGCCAGAACCUUGAACGUGGAGAUAAAAUCUGCGAAUCAACUCAAUUUAACGGCGAUGGGAGUGGAGGCAAAACUCACGAGAAUGACUCCGUGGAGGCUCAGGCUGUCAAAGAGCUUAUUGAAGAUUCAAGGCGGAAGCUGGAAGAGAUGCAGGCAAAGCCUAAUCUCAACCUCACCAUCCCCCUGCUGGCACAAAACAAGGUGCCUGACGGCUUUGAGGACGGAGACCAUUUAAAUGUGGAGCUGCGGCCAGAUCCUUCAACAGAAGAAGAUUAUGAAAGAGUUCCUGUUGAAGGCUAUGGAAUGGCUAUUCUGAAGGGGAUGGGCUGGAAGAAAGGGGAAGGCAUUGGCCGCACCUUUAAGCAAGAUGUGAAGCCCUACGAAUACAAGCCCCGUGUAAUCGGCUUGGGUCUCGGGGCGGAUCGCUCGGCCAUCAAGGAUCUGGAGCCCGGCAAACGUCGGCGCCCGCCCAAGCCCGGCGAGGAGCGUGACAAGGAGGAAGAGGAGGAGCAGCUGGUCUUGGCUCGCGGUGGAUGUGUGCUGCUGGAGUCAGGGGCACAUAAGGAGCGCUAUGGAAAGAUUGAAGCUCUGGACACGGACAACGCUCGCGUUUUGGUGAGGUUGGCGAUUGGUGGGGACGUGGUGUCAGUCCACCAGUACGCUGUCAAACUGGUCAAGCAGAAGGAAUACGACAGAUAUGGCAAAGACAUCAGUCGUCUCAGCAAAGCACAUAAAACCAAGGUAAAAGAGGAGCGAGAGCGUGACGAGCAACAGCAACAAGAAGACAAAGAGAGGCGGCAAACAGACGGGGUCAAACACGCAUCUUCCGAAAGAGGAAAAGAUGAUCGGAAAAGGAAACACAGAGAAUCCAGUUAUGACAGCGAUAAGCCGCCGGAAAAAGAAGCGAGGCAAGCAAAGGCGCCGCCGUCCUGGCUUCAGAGAGACUUGAAAGUUCGUUUUGUGGACAAAGAUUUCAAGGGGGGAAAGUACUACAACUCAAAGAUGCGCGUGGAGGAUGUGUUAACGCCGUCAAUCUGCAUUUGUCGUACUGAAGAAGGAAGACUGAUAGACGAUGUGACGCAGGAUAUGCUGGAAACUAUUGUGCCCAAAAGUGAUUAUGACGCCAUUAUGGUUGUACUGGGUGAGCAUCGGGGACAGGUGGGCCGUAUUCUGCAACGGGACAAGAACAAAUGCAGAGCAACGGUCCAGCUCGACAGAUAUGAAAAGAAACUCUUCACUUUGGACUAUGAUUUUAUUUGUCACUAUGUGGGAGCGACAGACCACUAUUGAAUUAUUAUUCUCUUAUUGUAAGAACAAAAUAUCAUUUUGUAAUGUUUGUAAUAAAAUUGUGAAUUUGUACACGUUA